AUGGCAGCUUCCUUGUACAUCUGGGUCUCCAGCGUUCUCUUGGUCUGGUCUGUGGUGGCAGGACAUCCUUGUACCAUUGACAAACAGGGAUGGGCUGCUUGCAGUGGGAAGAGUCUUCGCCAGGUUCCCGGUUCUCUCCCCAGACAUAUUACCAGCCUGGAUCUGUCCUUUAACUCCUUGAAGAUGCCAAAACAUGGAAAUUUUCUGAGGAGCUUCCCUUCUCUGCACUUCCUAAACCUCUCUAGUAAUACCAUUCCGACUCUUUAUCCUGAACUCUUUUGUAACCUCAAGACUCUCCAUCUGUUGGAUUUAAGCAGCUGCAGCAUUUCCAUCAUACACCCAAAGAGCUUUGUGGGCUUGGGGAACCUUCACACGCUGCUCCUAAAAAACAAUAAGCUUCAGUCCCUUGACCCCUCCAUAUUCCAUGUUCCUUGGACCCUUGUUCAGCUGGAUCUUCGAAACAAUGAGCUGUCCACUGCAGGUGAACUCAUUCCACUACUUACGCAACAAAUCCACCAUGUCAAGCUUCAAGGGAACCCAUGGGUGUACAAUGGCUUCAUAACUCCUGUCCAGCAAGGGCUGCAACAAAGAGAAGUUAAACAGAUCCUCUAUGAAUCACACCCAGAACUCAAGACUCAGGAAAUUACCAUUCUCAAUGAUCAAGAUGUUGUCCAAAGACGAAAAUAUCGGAUCCGUCGGGAAGAAUCCAACACAACUCCACCAACAAAUGGCACAUCCAUACUACCACCUGCAAAAGCUGCAAACAGCUGGCCGUAUUUUGCUGGUUUCGUGCUUCUGGCUGUUGGCAUCUCCAUUGGAAUUGCAUUAAUUGCAAAAUGCAAAUUGCUCCAGAGGAAUCGUGCCAGCUACCAUCACCAACGGCUGCCUGAUUCGCAUUCCAUCGGGAGCAGCCGUACUGAGGAUGUACCUGGCUGGGGGGAAGCUGACAUGGACGUGGCCGACAGGAGGAACCAGCCAGUCCCUGGGGCAGCUGGUUGCCUUGCAGAGGAUGAUGAUGGUUUCAUUGAGGAUAACUACAUUGAACCCAGUCGUGACAUGCAGAAAGAGGAGGAGGAAGAGGAAAUGGAGCCCCAUUUCAAACUCUGA